UUUCUAUGAAUAUUGGUGGCGGGUUGACGGAUUUGGGCUGGUUGGCUUCCUGUGACUGCUCAGCAUUGUCGGUGAGCAUUUGGGUGUCUUCAUUGAGAAGGGCUAAUGGAAAGAAGCGAUUUGGAGAGAUGAAAAUACUAGUGUCUUUUUUAGGAUGUGGUGAAGUGGGAGUAAUGGGAGAUCUUUGGCGUUUACCCUAG